UAACCCCAAACAGUUGACACUGAUUAUUCUGCACACCCCUGUUUUACUGAGAAACUACAACUUAUAAAAAUGGCCAACGUUUAUACCUUCAAAAGAGCUAGUCUCUUUUCAAGACACACUCAUGUCUAUCAGGGCUUUUUUACUUCCAAAUCACAGGUUUCCGGCCUACAGCCAGCGUUUGAUAUCCACAUUCGCAGUACCAGCUUCGCCAUGUCAUCAGCAACCGCCAGUGGGAAUGCUAUGCUCACAGGAAAACUAGAGGGGUGCUCGGCACGCCGAGGGAAGAUACAUGGGCCGCAUGGUAGUGUACACAUAGAAAAGGCCGGCUACUAUACUCCUGAGCUGACAAUCCAUGACCCUACGGGCAAUCCGUACUAUUGGAGGAUCAGUGGACGGCUGUCGGAUGGCCCAUGGGUGCUAGUGGAUAUGCACAACAAUGUUUUUGCCAUCUUUGCAAUAUCCACAUUCAGCCAGCGUAUUCUCGGACAAAUAUCAGUCGCGCAGCCUAUCUCGGAUGACUUCCUCCAUAUAAUCCUUCUGACCAGUAUGUUGUUUCUACGGUCUGUAGCCAUAGCCAAAUCCAGGAGAGACUAGUUGAAUGCAUAUUGCAACGUCAAAAAAGUAUAGCUGUACUAUGUAUGUGUGCACUGGAAACUGGACCAC